ACAUUAUAAUAAUAAUUUUAAAAUGAAAAUGUGAAAAGCAAAGAAGAGUUUUUAACCAGAGUUGCCGACACGGAGAAACAAAAUAGUAGCAAGAUCCAAAAUCCAAAUCAUAUUAACGUGACCCACCCACGACCCGCCUAACGAUCAACUCCCUCUUCCCUUUUAUUCCGUCGCAUUACUCACUCCCACACCAAUUAACAGAUCCAAGAUCCCAUUCAAAGGUUUCUGCUUUAUCAUCCCAAUUUCAGGGUGUAGAGUGUUUUAGCUUUGAUAAUUUAGUCGAAUAAUCAUGUCGAGAAGGCCGGGUCCUACACGUCGAUUCGUGGGUAGCGGAGGGGGGCUUUUUCAUUCGAAAUCGCAAGCUUCUCCUCUGUUAUCCAUUGUGCUUGGCUUACUAGGAACAGUUGUUGUGAUUGGCUAUGUUCUUAAGGGCUCAGGUGGUUCUGGGGACUAUAAAGCGUUUAGCAAGAUCCAAGACGACUUUAGCUGCACGUAUGAUGUUCAUACAGCAAUACCAAUACUAAAGAAAACAUAUGGUGAUAGCAUGCGCAAAGUAUUACACGUGGGGCCCGAUACGUGCUCGAUAGUAUCUGAACUGAGUAAAGAGAAGGAUACUGAAGCAUGGGGCGUGGAACCGUAUGAUAUUGAAGAAACUGAUGUAGCUUGCAAAAGUCUUGUGAGAAAGGGUCUUGUUCGUGUUGCUGAUAUUAAGUUCCCGUUACCAUACAAGGCUAAAUCGUUUUCUCUAAUUAUAGUUUCUGAUUCGGUUGAUUAUUUAUCUCCUAAGUACCUCAAUAAAACCCUUCCAGAUUUGGCAAGAGUUUCCGCUCAAAAUCUUGUUAUAUUCACAGGUAAACCUAGUAAUUCAAAAGCUAAACUCCCACAAGCAUCAAGAUUUGGACGCCCGGCUAAAAUGAGGAGCGCGUCUUGGUGGGCCCGGUUUUUCGUGCAGACAAGUCUUGAAGAGAACGAAAAAGCAGCCAAGAAGUUUGAGCAGGCUGCUGCGAAGAGCUCAUACGAGCCAAAAUGCCAAGUUUUCCACUUGAAUUCGUACCAUUAAUAGGUGAGAUACUAACUAUUCAUAAUCAUUUUAGCAAAAAAGAAGUCGGCUCAUAUGUUGAUAUAGUUGUAUUGUUCUUGGUUCAAUUUGGUGGAAAAUGUUGCUUUCAUCACCACCCUUAUUCUGUUAUUUAUACCAAUUCAUUAAAGUUUUAUGAACCCAACUCAAUAGUUGUAUAAUUAUUCGUUGAAAGACAAAUAACAAGGUUAUAAAGCUUUGUUUGAACGGA